UGAAUUUGUGUAUCGCUACAGAUUAGCUAUCCGCCGCACAUUGGCACGCCCCGUAUUUCAGGGGUGGCUUGUAAAUGUCGUUGCCUCUAUAUGGUGAGGCCGCGGAGGCCUCGGGACACGGUGACGAACGUGCCGCGUUAGGGAGACGGUUUUUCGCGUUAAUUUGGAAAGGAGCCACGGUGCUGAAUCGCGCCGUAGAGGCCGCGCUUGAACCCUGUGCCUUACAAGGUCCAGCGGAGAGGCUUUACUAGUGCUGCAGUUGGAGGUGCUAGCUAGCCGCCAUGUCCGCAGCAAGUGCGCCGGAAAUGGUGCCGUGCGGGGCGUCUCUACAGCGGGCUCUCCGCGGAAAGCACCCCGCUCCCCCGGAACCAGAUGCCUCAAUAACGGCAAGCUUUCACAGCUAACCGGGUAAGACCGAGACAGAUGAGUUGUAAUGGAUGAAGAUGUAACAGAACUGGUUCUGCAUUCAGAGGAGCCACAGAUCAUACUCCAUGGAUCUGGUGAGGCUGGAGACCCUGAAGAGGAGAUCGUGACCCGUCUGCUGGAGGUGCGGGAGGAGAAAGAGCAGAUAGUGAUCCAGGACAGUGUCCAGGGCACCAUGUCUGAGUACGUGCAGGAUGUCACCAUGGAGACCUGUGUGAUGUCACUGGAGGAUGAGCUGCAGGAUGAGCUGCAGGAUGACACGGCUUCGGAGGGGGUGCUGGUGGCGGGGGGCGAUGGGCAGGACACCUGUGAGGACUACCUCAUGAUUUCAUUGGAUGACACGGAUAAGAUGGUGCAUGGAAACAGCACAGAGGUCACCGUGGGGGACCGACAGAAGGAGAACGAAGGCGAGGAGGUCAUUAAGGUCUACAUUUUCAAGGCUGACUCCGGGAACCAUGACCCAGGUGCAGAGAAGGUGGCAGAUGAGGUGUACAUGGAGGUGAUGGUGGGGGGUGGCGAGCCAGUCUCUCACGAACAGCCUUGCGUAGAACCUGCCCCCACUAGCUCUGCCCCCAACAGCCCCCCAUUCAACAAGGACCUGGCGCCUAUGAGUUGGGCCUCUCCGUACGGUGGUGUCCACAAAACUGAUUCCAGUGUGAGCAGAAACGGCGUGGCCGGCACUUUGGCACACGGGAAUGUGGGAGGCGGGGCUAUGGGUGUGGUCAAGGCUGGCCGGCAGGGUGGCGGCAGCGGUAGCAGGAGGCGUGCAGAGCCCUGGCAGGUCCAGACAGCCGUCAUCAUGGGCCCCUAUGGUCAGCCGAUCACUGUCUACCCCUGCAUGCUUUGUGGCAAGAAGUUCAAAUCCCGGGGAUUUCUGAAACGCCAUAUACUGAACUGGCACCAGGACGUACUGAACCGCAAGAAGUACCAGUGCCCGGACUGUGAGUUCAGUACCAACAAGAAGGCCAGCCUGCACAGUCACAUGGAGGUGCACGCGCCGGUCAACAAGGCGCCGCUGGCCUGUGAUGAGUGCGGAAGGGAGUUCCACCAGCAGGCGGCGCUCUAUGCGCACAGGCUGCAGCAUCACGACCCCAAGCCCCAGGUGACGGCGAGCCCCGCACCGAAGAUGCAUAAGUGUAAAUUCUGUGACUACGAGACAGCUGAGCAGGGCUCUCUGGACCGCCACCUGCUGGCUGUGCACAGCAAGAGCUUCCCCCACAUCUGCGUAGAGUGCGGCAGCUGCUUCCAGCUCCCUGCGGAGCUGAAGGAACACAUGCUCACUCACACGGCGCAGAAGGUCUACUCCUGCGACUACGAGACGACGGACUCGCCUGAACCGAAGACGGAUGCGCAGAUGACGCAGGGAGAAGAGACGUCCUACAAGUGCGAGCGCUGUCCGCUGGCAUUCCCCGAGCACGAGGAGCUGCUGCGGCACGCGCAGUCGCACGAGGAGCCGCGCACCCACCAGUGCGCUCACUGCGAGCACCGCAGCUCCAACUCCAGUGACCUGAAGCGGCACGUCAUCUCGGUGCACACCAAGGACUACCCACACAAGUGUGUCAUCUGCGCCAAGGGCUUCCACCGGCCGUCGGAGCUGAAGAAGCAUGCGGCGGCGCACCGCGCCAAGAAGCCCCACCAGUGCCGGCACUGCAGCUUCCGGGCCGCUGAUCCCUUCCUGCUCAGCCGCCACAUCCUGUCGGUGCACACCAAGGAGGCGCCGGCCGUCCCUGAAAAGCGCGGCCGCAGGACAGGCGGGGGGGCCGUGGCGCCGGCCGGUCCCGGGGUUAAGAAGGGUGGCACCAAGGCCCCACGGGAACGCCGCGUCUACCAGUGCCAGUAUUGCGAUUACAGCACCGGCGACGCCUCAGGUUUCAAGCGGCAUGUCAUCUCCAUCCACACCAAGGACUACCCCCACCGCUGCCAGGUUUGCGGCAAAGGCUUCCGGCGGCCCUCCGAGAAGAACCAGCACAUCAUGCGGCACCACAAGGAGCUGGCACCAGCGCCGUGAGCUGAAGGCAGGGUGUGAGGGCGGGGCCUAUCUCUGUGUGGUGAGCUGAGGGAGGGGCCUCGCUGUGCAUGGUAACCUGAGGGCGGGGCCUCUCUGUGCACCGCAGCCUGAGGGCGGGGCAUCCUUGUGCACGACAACCUGAGGGCGGGGCCUCUCUGUGCACCAGGCUGCACUCUCAUCCUGCUCAGUGUCUGACUCUAUUUCUCCUGUGAGUUUGUAUCAUUUGUUGGACCAGUGGCUUCAGAGGAUGUGCUCUAUACCAUCUAUGCUCCAUCGGAUUCCUCGAGGGCCCCUAGCUAUUCCAAAUUUGUUAUAUUUCUACUAAUUAUUACAUCUUUAAUCUUCCAACCAGUAAUUAGCAGUAUUAGCUAAUCAGAUUGCCUAGCGGUAGAAUAGAACAAAUAUAUGGAAUUCCUUGGGGUACUCAGGGAGGUAUUUGGGAACCACUGUCAAAAAAAGUGUUUUUGUGUCUACUGCCUCCUGCUGUUGGUAGUAAACACUGCAGGAUGAGCUAGGGUCUGUACUCGGUGUCUUGAAACUGUGAGUUCAUGGGUGGUCGUUCACAUUUUUGAGGUGGUCCAUAAGAAUAGUUGUUAGAAAUGUUUCUUAAUGAAGUAAAUGUAAAAAUCUAACUCGGAAAAUGAAAUUCAAUAAAGCUGCACUUAUGGACACACUUCAGGCAGCAAGUUGUGUGAAUUUAAUGGAGUUCCAGUGAAAGCCUUUUAUGCCAUAUUUUGUGUUAUGCCCGUAGAUUGAUGUGUGUAACUGAGGAAGCUGUGUGUCUGCGUGUGCAGAGAACCAUCAAGGCACAUCCCAGCUUCUUCAGACCUUCUGUGGGACAGAGUGGGACUCACUGUGCCAUGUGCAGACGCUGUGUGUGCUGAUGUCAUUAAUGCUGUAGUGAUGGCCGUCAGCCUGGGGUGUCUCUGGUGUCGUUCACAGACAGAGAGACGUCGCUAACUUAGAUCUGGACGUUCAUUGUGUACGGCCUUGUUCUAUAAACCCUGGGCCUAUGUAUUUCCAAAUUUAAUCAUGGAAGUUCUGUUUAACUAGAAUUGUAUUAUAUCUAAAUUAUUUUGUAUCGGAACCAACACCUCUGUAAAUUUCUGUUAAAGAAAAAAUGUCUUUUUGUAAUUGGUAUGAAAAUGAAAUAAAUGGCAGUAUUUUCAUUGA